AUGGCAUUCGUUUCAUUUUUACAUGAUAACUUUGUACCUCAUGUACCGAGAAAAUCGGAAAAACCCGUGGCUUUUGAGCCCGUACAGCUCGAUCAGUCUUCACAACUUUUAACUCUGGACCCUACAAAUUACAACCAUGGUGCUAGUCCAUCUCGGGUUAGUUUCGGAUUGGGCCCGCAACUCUCAAACACUCUGAAAGAAUCUAAGGAUAUCGAUGAUAAUGUCUCCAUUCGUACCAGAACCACAUCCCUGACAACCCAGAGUGAAAACGUCUUACAUAGAUCUCUCAAGGGUAGACAUGUUCAACUCUUGGGAAUUGGUGCAACUAUUGGAUCUGCUCUUUUCGUUUCCAUUGGUAAGGCUCUAGCCAAAGGUGGACCACUAAGCUUGUUCUUGGCCUUUGUAACUUGGUCCAUCCCCAUUUUAUUUAUCACUGUUUCCACCGCUGAAAUGGUCACCUAUUUGCCCAUAACUUCACCAUUUGUACGUUUGGCUGGUCGUUGUUGUGAUGAAGCGUUGGAAAUUGCAACCGCUUGGAAUUUCUGGUUCCUUUGUUGUGCCCAAAUCCCCUUUGAAGUCACCACCGUCAAUUCCAUCAUUCAUUUCUGGAGAGAUGAUUAUUCUCCUGCAAUCCCCUUGGCUUUACAAACUGUUCUUUAUUUCAUAGUCAAUGUGUUUGGGGUAGCAAUCUAUGGUGAAACAGAGUUCUGGUUAAGUCUUGGGAAAGUCAUCUUGGCCUCUGGAUUGAUUGUCUUCACUUUCAUCACCAUGGUGGGCGGGAACCCACAACAUGAUGCAUAUGGGUUCAGAUACUGGCAGGAUCCAGGUCCCAUGAACACUUAUAUCCAUACCGGUGAUUUGGGUCGAUUCCAAGGGUAUUUGGCAUGUUUGAUCCAAGCAUGCUUCACCUUUGCCGGUCCAGAAUAUAUUGCGAGUGUUGCUUCAGAAACAAUUAACCCUAGGAAAACUUUACCUUCAGCGUUCAAACAAGUGUUUAUUAGAUUGUCUAUAUUUUUCAUUGGUGGUUCUCUUUGUGUUGGAGUUCUUGUUGCUUAUAAUGAUGUCAAACUUACCCUGACUUUGGGUGCAAGUAAACCUGGUGCUGGUGGUUCUCCCUAUGUCAUUGCCAUGCAAAACUUGGGUAUCAAUGUGUUACCCGACAUUGUUAAUGCACUCUUGGUUACCGCUGCCUUCUCGGCCGGUAAUUCAUACACUUAUUGUUCAUCAAGAACUUUGUAUGGAGUUGCACUUGAUGGAUUUGCUCCUCAUUUCUUAACCGCCACCACCAAAACCGGGAUCCCAAUCUAUUGUGUGUUGAUCUCAUUACUUUGGGCACUUCUUUCCUUCUUACAACUUGGUGAAAGUGCCGCAGUUGUUCUUGAUUGGAUCAUUAAUUUGAUCACUUCUUGUCAAUUGAUUAAUUUCACCGUUUUAUGUGUUGUUUAUUUCUUCUUUCAUAGAGCUCUUAAGGCUCAGGGAAUCGAUCGUGAUUCUCUCCCUUUCAAAGGUUGGUUCCAACCUUGGCUCUCAAUAAUUGGUGGCACUUCAGCCUUUGUAAUGAUCUUUGUCACCAGUUAUGAGGUAUUCUUACCAGGAGCUUGGGAUGUUAAGUCCUUCUUAUUCCUGUACUUGAUGAUCUUUAUCGAUGUGGCAAUCUUUGUCGGAUACAAACUUAUCAAGAGAACUAAAUGGAGAAACCCCAAGGAAGUGGAUUUAGUUACAGGUUUACGUGAAGUGGAAUUACAUGAAUCUAGAUACUACGAAGAAUUACUGCUUAGAAACAAAGUCAAUCUGGAAGGAGAAAUCAAAUUGACUUGGUAUCAAAGAGUCUCAGUAGCUAUUUUUGGUAGUGAAAUUUAA